AUGUAUAUAACUACCGAAGGAGUGAAGUCUUCCAUCGUUAACUCGGCCACCGAUUCGAGUCGUAUCACCAUGCAAGCAACCGGCGCAUUGUCGUGGCGAAGAUCAGAUAUUAAAUACAGAAAGAACGAGGCUUUUGUCGAUGUGAUUGAGGAUGUUAACCUGUUAAUGUCUGCCACCGGAACUGUGCUACGAGCGGACGUAAACGGACACAUAGUUAUGCGAACAUACCUCAGCGGAACCCCAGAAUGCAAGUUUGGCCUUAAUGAUCGGCUCUUGCUAGAUAACGAUGAUGCCAAUGGCCUGCCCGGAAAACCAAGGACAACGCGGGCUGCGGCGGGCAGCGUUACCCUUGAAGACUGCCAGUUCCAUCAAUGCGUUAAGCUAGGCCAGUUUGAUGCUGACAGAAUCAUCUCUUUCAUCCCACCUGAUGGCGAAUUUGAGCUGAUGAGAUAUCGAGCGACUGAAAACGUGAACCUGCCUUUUAAGGUCCAUCCUAUCGUCCGUGAAGUAGGAACCACGAAAGUUGAGUACAGCAUUGCUAUAAAGGCAAACUAUGGCCCAAAAUUAUUUGCUACCAAUGUCGUUGUCCGAAUACCUACCCCACUUAACACGGCUAAGAUCACGGAGCGGACGACCCAAGGAAGGGCCAAGUAUGAACCGGAACAUAACAAUAUAGUCUGGAAGAUAGCGAGGUUCUCCGGUCAGAGUGAAUUUGUCCUUACCGCCGAAGCUACCUUGACCUCCAUGACACAGCAAAAGACCUGGAGCCGGCCGCCUCUCAGCCUUGCCUUCAGCUUGCUUAUGUUCACGAGCAGUGGGUUGUUAGUGCGCUAUCUGAAGGUAUUUGAAAAGGGGAACUACAGCAGUGUGAAAUGGGUUCGAUAUAUGACACGUGCUGGAAGUUAUGAAAUAAGGCGGUUUGUUUAUGCAUGGGGUAUCGGCGUCUCGGCUCGGCAUCUGCAAACAAUGUAA